AUGGCUUCCGCAGCGCCGCCUGCUGCGAGGACCCUAUCCCACCGUCAUGAGUCCAUCCAAUCAGACGACUGGCCCGAGGACAUCAACGCUCCGCCCGCACGACAUGGAGACCACAAGCAGUUCACCGGAGACGGCCUAAAUACCGGCGUCCGAGUCCUAAGCGACGGCCGACUCGACAUAAACAUCAACGAAAACCGCCCCAGCAUCGCCGGUAUACUGAAUCGGAUCCAGCAGACACCCGCGCCAUCAGACCUAGAAGAUCUAGCAGAACAAGAAACACCCGAGCCAAUACCCAAAGGCUCAGGACAAGAUUUCCCACUGCGCAUGAAUAUCGUCAUCCAAGUCAUCGGGUCACGCGGUGAUAUCCAACCAUUCGUUGCGCUAGGAAAAGAGUUGAAAGCCCAUGGUCACCGCGUGCGACUUGCGACACAUCUCGCCUUCCGCGAGUUCGUCCUCGAGGGUGGACUAGAAUUUUUCUGUAUUGGGGGCGAUCCGGAGGAGCUUAUGGCAUUCAUGGUGCAGAAUCCUUCACUGCUACCGGCAUUCAGAACGAUUCGCAGUGGUGCUAUUCAGAAGCGGCGAAGGGAGAUGAAGGAGAUUAUAUAUGGAUGUUGGAAAUCGUGUAUUGAGACUGGUGAUGGGACGGAUCUGCAUCAGAUUAAGGAUGACUUGUGGAGUGAUGCGGUGGAUUAUCGCCGUCGGCCGUUUGUUGCUGAUGCUAUUAUAGCUAACCCGCCUAGCUUGGCUCAUAUUCAUUGUGCGCAGCGGUUGGGAAUUCCGCUGCAUAUGAUGUUUACAAUGCCGUGGACGCCGACGCAGUUUUUCCCGCAUCCUUUGGCUGUUCUUCAUCAGCAGGGUUGCAAGCCGACAGUCGCAAAUUUCGUUUCUUAUGCUGUUGUUGAUAUGAUGAUUUGGGAGGGGUUGGGUGAUCUUGUUAAUUCAUGGCGGAAGAAAUGUCUUGCAUUGGAUGAAUUGGAUUCGAUCACGGCACCGAGCUUGAUCCAUCGCCUUCGAGUUCCUUGCUCAUAUCUUUGGUCACCCUCGAUACUACGCAAGCCACGCGACUGGCCAGAACACAUCGAUAUCUGCGGGUUCAGCGUACUCCCAGCCAAAUCAGACUACAAGCCCCCUAAGGAGAUCGAAGAUUUCCUGAAUGCAGGACCUACUCCACUCUACGUUGGAUUUGGCUCUAUUGUGGUUGACGAUCAAAUCAAACUUACCCGAAUUGUCUUCGAAGCAAUCCAAAACUCCGGCCAGCGCGCAAUUGUCUCAAAAGGCUGGGGCAAUCUCGGCGUCGACGAGGUAGAUGUACCAGACAACAUCCUCAUCAUCGGCAGUGUACCGCACGACUGGCUGUUCACGCGAGUGUCAUGUGUGAUCCACCAUGGUGGUGCGGGCACCACGGCCGCAGGUCUUGCGCUCGGGCGUCCGACUAUCAUCGUUCCUUUCUUUGGAGACCAGCAAUUCUGGGGAGGAAUUGUCGCCCACGCAGGAGCCGGGCCGACACCAAUUCCCCACAAGCAACUCACAGUCGAGAAGCUGACUGAUGCCAUUGAAAUGGCGCUGCAUCAAUCGACUCAAGAAAGAGCACAAGAAAUUUCAAGGAAGAUGCAGGAAGAAUCGGGAGUGCGGGAUGGAGUACGCAGCUUCCAUCGACACCUCAACUUGAAUUCUCUACGAUGCUCUAUAUGUCCCAAUCUCCCUGCUGUGUGGCACGUCAAGCAAACCCGCAUUGCGCUAAGUGCAUUUGCUGCGACUGUCCUAGUUGAAACGGGCCGACUAAAGCCGGACGACGUUGUUUUAAACCGAGCCGUAGAAUACGACACAUACCGCGAUCCUGUCGGCCCAAUAAGCGCAGGAGCCCAAGUGCUAGUUGGCGCCAUUGCAAACUUUGUAACCGGAAUCGGCGAACUUCCGUACGACAUGCUCUCUGACAUUGUCUCCGCAGGUCGUGCAAUAGGACAUCCUAUCCACCACGACCACACUUCAAAAAAAUGUGCAUGGAAGAAGCAGCGAAAAAGAAGCCGGGUGUCGAGCACAGGUAGUGAAGAGGAAGAGUUCCAUGAGAGCCCCGAGUAUCAGCCUGAGAGGGCACAGGGAAGCAGUGAGACAAUGACAAUGAGCACUGAUGAUGACACUGAAACAAACGAUUUUACCUCGAGCUCCAUCGCCCACGAGCGAAGCUUACAGCUCGAAAGGACACAAUCGAUGAGUUGUGCGGAAUCAACGAAGCCCGGGGGUGCUAUCUAUGAAAUCCGCACUCACGGCAGUCGAAUGUCGAAGAAGCUUCUCAAGACCAUUAUAUGGCUCCCUACAGACCUGACACUCAGUCUGUCGAAGGGAUUCCACAAUGCGCCAAAGUUAUAUCACGAUCCGAUGGUCAAGGAUAUGCCGAAGGUUAUCGGCUUCCGCAGUGGCCUUUCUGCGGCUGGAGUGGAGUUCCGAGAUGGCUUCUACUACGGCAUUACAGGCUUGGUCACGCAGCCUAGAUACGGAUACCAGCAUGAGGGCGCAAAAGGUAUGGUGAAGGGGGUUGGGAAGGGAGUUUGUGGUGUUUUCUUCAAGCCACCGGCAGGGCUAUGGGGGCUAGCUGGGUAUCCUCUAGUUGGGCUUCGCAGGAAGCUGCAAACAUCGCUAGGCAAGAUUCAGGAUCGUCAAAUUGUCGAAUCUCGGAUAGCACAAGGGCUUGAAGAGAUGCGGGCGUCGACUGCGGAUGACCGCGCAGAGGUUGCUAGGGCAUGGCGUCUUAUCGAGGAAGAUUUUAACGUUAGUUACUGA